AUGCUCCAGCAGUCGAAUGACGGACGCCUUACUGUCAUCCAGGGGCCCCCUGGAACCGGUAAGACCACUGUCAUCGCCUCGUUUGUUCAGACUGCCCUGGCCGGUGGACUCUCUGGCAUCUGGCUCAUUGCCCAAUCCAAUGUUGCCGUCAAGAAUAUUGCCGAGAAACUCACUGACUUUGGCCUGACCAAUUGGAAGCUUCUCGUCUCAAUGGAAUUUUUCGACGACUGGCAUGAGCACCUAUAUACCAACAUUCGGGCUAAUGUCAUCACAUCCAAGGACUUCUUUGCGCCAGGUUUUUUUAAGGAGCUCCAGACCACCCCGGUUAUUCUGUGUACUUUGUCCAUGCUCUCAUCUCUCGCUCUUCGAAGGUGUGGAGGUUUUAAAGCUGCGCCACUUAGGACCCUCGUCAUCGACGAAGCGUCCCAAAUUGAGAUUGGUGACUACAUUCCUCUCUUCACCUCUCACAGCUCCAUUAGAAAUGUGUGCUUCAUCGGUGAUGACAAACAAUGUAAGUAUUCCUCCUGCAUGUCAUCGCAUUCGGAUCCGCUACACCCCGUCACGGACGAGAGAAUGGCUUGUCAUUUUAUCAACAUUCCCAGCCAGGAACAACUACAUGGAACUAGCUGGAAGAACCUUGGAGAGUGCCAAACCAUUCUCCUCAUCGCUAGCAUGUUGCAAGAGAAGAAUAAGCAAUUCCGCAUCAUCACCCCGUAUGACGCUCAACGGAGUUUGAUCGAGGAGCAUUUGAAGCUCCAGAAGCUCGAUUGGGAGGAUAAAUGUUUCAAUGUUGACUCGUUUCAAGGUCACGAGGAAGAUUACAUUGUGAUCUCACUCGUGCGGUCCACGGCGCUCGGAUUCCUCGCCGAUUUGCGCCGGACUAAUGUCAUGCUUACUCGAUGCAAGAAAGGCAUGAUCAUCUGCACGAGCCAGAAAUUUAUGAAGCGGGCAGGGGUGGAACUCACUUGUAGGCAGGCCUGUUAA